UCCCGGCGGUUGUCAAUUUUCGUGACAGGAGCCGCCACUUCUCAGUCAAGUAGCUCCUCGGUUUGCCUCACAAAGCAGACCCGGACGGUAAUCCAUCGUGUCUGCAGGGGCAGAGCAGAGCGGACGUGUCGCGCGCGCGCUCUCGCUUAUAUAGUUUUCGCGUCGGUUAUAUUGGUGCAAUCGCGCCAAACUGAACAUAAAUAGUGAGCAACAGUGACUAUCUUCAGUGCAGUGUGUAGUGACACAGUGUUAAAAGCGUUUUUAUGUGAAAAAACGGUGCACAGUGAGUUCGAGACUGCACGCACGGAACUGGACCUCAACAAAGGGAGAGGAUAAUUUUGCAUUACUCAAGUCCCAACCUAUCUGCUGACACCAUGAGCUUUAACGCAAGAUCCUUUAACUAUGGGUUUCCAGGAGGAAGUUGCAGAACAAUUUAUAUUGCAGAAGUAGCAACUGGUACACCAACCGUUCUAAAGGACUCGAAUGGUACAAACUUUGAGGACUACACUUUUGUUAAAACCUGGACUGUGAGGGGACUGAAGACACUAGAAGGAACAGCCGAAAUUAAGUCCAUUUCGUUCACCCACCAGAAUUUCAGUAAAUGGUGCAUGGUUCUUACAAAGAAAAACAAUGAACUUUUUUUGCAGUUUUUGCUCGAAAAGUGUGAACCGGAAAAGCUAUUGAGAGCGAAACUGAAAGCUGACGAGAUUCUUCCAAGUGGUGAAAAACGAGAAGUGUUUCCAUGUAAAUGGUACGAAAUGGGAGAAGGAAACUCCUCCGGAAUGCAGCUCGUUAGGAAAGCAGACUUUAUAGGAGAGGACAACAGCGAAGAUGAGAUAACACUGCAGUGUGAAGUUUGCAUGCGAUGCAUUGUUCACGACGAGCUGCCCACAGCAGACACAGCAGAACACCAGUCUGAUGUUGCGAGGGCUGUAGGUGAGAUGUACAGUGAAGAAGUCCACACAGACUUCGAGCUGCACACAGAAGGCUCGGUUCUGAAGGCACACAGGUCACUACUGUCUGUGCGGAGCCCUUACUUCGCUGCCCUGCUGCAGCCUCACACGAAGGAAGCAAAGGAAGGCUUUGUGCAGAUCACCGAUGUGAAGACCGAAGCACUGAAGCAGGUUCUGCUGUUUAUGUACACGGGUGUGGCGCCGGCUCUCAAGGACAUGCCGUGGGACUUGCUGAUAGCUGCUGACAAAUUCCAGCUCCAGCAGCUAAAGCGACAGUGCGAGGCCCACAUCGCCAGCCAGUUGGAUGUGGACAACGCCGCAGAAACCGCAGCCAACGCCUUGCUGUUCUCCUGCGACAUGCUGUGGGACCGUGCGGUGUUUUUCAUCAGAAGCAAUCUCUACCGGGUGAUGCGCACUCCUGGCUGGGCUUUGGUUAUAACUGCUCAUCCUGAAGCCAUACAGCGUCUCAGUGAGCUGAUGGGGUGAAUCAGUAACAAGAAUCGAGCUUUGCCUGUUAUUUGAACUUUUCUGCAACAACAGUUGCAUCAUUCAGCGUCUAAACUUUCUCUGCCAUAAUAUACCGGGUGAUCAAAAAGUCAGUAUAAAUUUGAAAACUUAAUAAACCACGGAAUAAUGUAGAUAGCGAGGUAAAAAUUGACGCACAUGCUUGGAAUGACAUGGGGUUUUAUUAGAAUAAAAAAAAAUACAAAAGUUCAAAAAAUGUCCGACAGAUGGCGCGCCAUCUGAUCAGAAUAGCAAUAACUAGCAUAACAAAGUAAGACAAAGCAAAGAUGAUGUUCUAUACAGGAAAUGCUCAAUAUGUCCACCAUCAUUCCUCAACAAUAGCUGUAGUCGAGCAAUAAUGUUGUGAACAGCACUGUAAAGCAUGUCCGCAUUGGCGUCGGAUGUUGUCUUUCCGCAUCCCUAGAGAUGUCGGUCGAUCACGAUACACUUGCGACUUCAGGUAACCACAAAGCCAAUAAUCACACGGACUGAGGUCUGGCGACCUGGGAGGCCAAGCAUCAUGAAAGUGGCGGCUGGGCACACGAUCAUCACCAAACGGCGCGCGCAAGAGGUCUUUCACGCGUCUAGCAAUAUGGGGUGGAGCGCGAUCCUGCAUAAACAUGGUACGUUCCAGCAGGUGUUUAUCAGCCGGGCUGGGAAUGAUGCGAUUCUGCAAAAUAUCGGCGUACCUCUCAACCGUCAUGGUAGCAGUUACAAAAACCAGAAUCACGCAUUUCCUCGAAGAAACAAGGCCCGAUAACGGUAGAUGUGGUAAAUCCAACCCAUACCGUGACUUUCUCGUCGUGCAGUGGAGUUUCCACGACAGUUCUAGGAUUUUCGGUAGCCCAAAUUCCGCAGUUGUGGCGUUGACAGACCCUCGGAGCGUGAAAUGAGCUUCGUCGGUCCACAACACGUUACUCAACCAAUCGUCAUCUUCCUCUAUUUUUGAAACGCCCACACCGCAAAUGCCAUCCGCUUCACUAAAUCGCCAGGUAACAGUUUAUGAUGCCGAUGGAUUUUGUACGGAUAGCAUCGGAGGGUACGCCUAAGUGCCAGCCAAACAGUAGUAUAUGGAAUGCUGGUGCGACGUGCGACUGCACGAGCGCUGAAUUCCCCGCGCGUAGACGAACCCGCUACAGUCUCCAUUUCUUCCUGAACUGUCUCAGCAGCAUUACGCCUUGUGCUCGGUCGGCCACUACGGGGUCUAUCGUCUAAACAACCCGUGGCUUCGAACUUCGAAAUCAUUCUCGCCACAG